CCCUGUGGGCUGGUGGAACCAGGUGGUUCCUACCAGUAUAAAUGAACAAGGCUUUGAUUCUCGCACAGAUGGACGGGUGUACUGCGGCUGUCGUGGUGGUCGGGUUGUUUACGAGUUCACAGUCGCCUGUGGUGCUUUGCUGGCGGUCUCCAAUGUCGUGAAGUCGUGGGGAGCGGUGGUGUUGUGGUUAGCGCCACGCUGCGCUACGUACCUGGCGACCCGGGUUCGAUUUUCGCUGAACCGGUCCUGGGCCUCCCCUAGGUCGACUCGGCCUCAAAUGAGUACCUGGUGCGAUGUGUAAACAUCGCCACUGGAGAGACAAAAACGGUCGGGCGUGGUGCUGGCCACCCACCCCCUCGUGCGCCGUGCCGGCCUUCAUAGGUGCUCGCGAACAGCACUUGCCCCAACAGUCUGUUACAGGCUAUACGGGGGAUCUUUGUCUCUAAUUUAGUCAUCGAUAUACGAUACGGACAAGGUAAAUGUUUUACGCGGUUUCAUGAGCACACCGUCAAAGGCCCCAGAACGUCAAGCGGCAAUCAUCAAACAGCACUUUCAAAGUUAAGCAAGAGUUCAGCAAGAGUUAAGUAACAAUUGGAAGGUAACUCCAAAACCGAGCGGUGUGAGGGAAAAAGCAGAAAUGUUGCGACCUGCAGUGUGGCACCUCUGGCUGGCGAGGAAAUGGGCGCUCGUGUGCCCGUGGUGUGGCCACGGUGGUGCGGUGGUGGCGCCGCCACGACCACUGCGCUGCUGCUGCUGCUGCUCGCGGUCGCCGCCGCUGCUGCUGCGGAGGCCCAGGAGCGACGCACCGCCCCGGACAAGGUCUCCCUCGGUCUCUACAAGAAGCUGUUCGAGGUCAAACGCAAGGAGCAGAUGAACGCCCUCAAGACCCUCAUUGAGCUGAGGGACCUCCAGCAGCAGUACAAGAUCAUCGACAUCAUGCUGCAGGGCCUCUUCAAGGUGCUGGAGGAAUCGCGCGUGAUCCUGGCUGCCGCCAACGUGCUGCCUUCAGGCCCCAUCCCCGACGACGCCCGACAGAGGGACGCGUUCUCCCACGUGGUGGAGAACGUGGCGUUCUUCGGCGACGUGCUCCUGCGCUUCCCGCGCAUCGUGCACAGCUACGUGGACGGCAGCGCGGAGCGCCUCGCCCUCGUGCGCUGGGGCCUCCUCUUCUGCAACGGCACAGGCGUCUUCGCCGACGGCACCCACGCGCAGCUGCUGGGCCUGGCGUCGCAGGAGCUGGGUCUCAUCGAGAAGUCGCCCGAAUAUCACAACCCCUUCCAGCUGGACGAGGAGAAGAUGCUGAGGGACACGCAGGUGCUGCGCGAGGCGUUCCGGAAGGAGGAGAAGAGGAGGAAGCAGGAGGAGAAGCGCGAGAAGCGGAAGGGGCCGCGCAUCACGCGCUCCCGCUCCGAACUCUAGCCGGGACCGCACUGCCCGUGCCGGCCGCGUCACCAAUUCGCGACUCCGCCGGGCGACGGCUGCCACCGUGGAACCGUCCGCGAGCUCCCACCGUGCACCGGACCCCCAUCGCUAUCGACGAAACAAGCACCUCCACCCUCCUUUGCCCCUACCCUGCCCCCCGGCAACCGUCAGGCUGACGACGAACGGCCCUGUCUGUAACGACGCCCAAACCCCCCACCUCCUCCCCCCCGCUCCGUAAGGGGAGUUUCUCGAGGAAAACUCGCGCCCGAUCAAAACGUCGUCUCCCGUCGACAACGGGGCAUCGACGUCCGCCGUGAGGGGGAGCAACACAAAUGGUUACGGGCGCUGAAGUCCAAUGCUCGUUCGUCCCGCAGGGCAUCGUGGGAAAAGCCUCGUGAGCUCACGUUCCUCCCGGCCGCCUCGUGCGGCCACCCGCUUCAGGGACGACUGAGCGCGCGAGUCGUUUUGUUUUGGGUUUCGUGUCGAUGCCUUGUGGCGUAAAUGUGUUAUUCGUCUUCGUUGAUUACCCACGAAUUUGAAGCCCCCGCUAUGUUUACAACUCGGCCCGCCACGGCGCGCGAUCACCUUCCGCCCGCCCGCACCGCAUCCGGCGCAGCGACGCAGCGCGAUGUCGUCUCGUGCGUGAUGAGUCUACGCUAAAAAAUUAAUUCCUGCACGAUCGCGAAGCGCGCGUCUUUUCGCCGCGAUUUUGCGAGAAUACGUUCACUCUUUAUUGAAAGGUUGUCUGCUGGUGAUGCAUUCGGUAUCGUGAAGCAAGCAAGAUACGGUACAAACAGGAAACGUUCACGAAAAACACGCUAAUAAUGGACUCUUAACUCGAAUAUCGAACCCGAAUUCACGGAAUUCACGGACUUGGCCGGUGGGGGGUGACGUGGUGGGAACGCCGCCGUGUGACUCGCACCCAAGUGAACUUACACACAUCACGUGGCUUGCGUGACUGCCUUGCACGUGCGCUCUGCACUAAAGUUAAUCUUUGUAAC